UACAAAACAAAACCUAGUCUUAAAAAAUCGUAUUUCCCGACCACCACCACCACCACCGAAAACCCACAUAAUGGUCGAAUCAUCUUCCGUCACCGGAGCAUCACUCCCAUCCGGCCCCGACGGCAAGAAACGCCGCGUAACAUACUUCUACGAGCCCUCAAUCGGCGACUACUAUUACGGGCAAGGCCACCCAAUGAAACCCCACAGAAUCCGUAUGGCCCACAAUCUAAUAGUCCAUUAUUCUCUCCACCGUCGUAUGGAAAUCGUCCGGCCAUUUCCGGCAGGCCCAGAAGAUAUAAGAAAGUUUCAUUCAGAUGACUAUGUCGAUUUCUUGGCUUCGGUUCAACCCGACACGUUACUUGACCAUACACAUAGUAGACACUUGAAAAGGUUUAAUGUAGGUGAAGAUUGUCCUGUUUUUGAUGGUAUUUUUGAGUUCUGUCAGGCGUCAGCUGGUGGGUCCAUUGGUGCUGCAGUGAAGCUGAAUCGACAGGACGCCGAUAUCGCGAUUAAUUGGGCCGGUGGGUUGCAUCAUGCUAAGAAAAGUGAAGCCUCUGGGUUUUGUUAUGUUAAUGAUAUUGUCUUGGGGAUUCUUGAGCUGCUUAAAGUCCACAGGCGUGUGUUAUAUGUAGAUAUUGACAUUCACCAUGGAGAUGGAGUUGAAGAAGCUUUCUUCACUACUGACAGGGUGAUGACAGUCUCUUUUCAUAAAUUUGGCGACUUUUUCCCUGGGACUGGGCAUAUUAAAGACAUUGGUGCAAAUCAAGGAAAGUAUUAUGCUUUAAAUGUUCCUCUGAAUGAUGGGAUGGAUGACGAUAGCUUCCGGAGUCUAUUUAGACCGAUCAUUCACAAAGUUAUGGAAGUUUAUCAGCCUGAUGCUGUGGUUCUUCAGUGUGGAGCUGAUUCAUUAGCUGGUGACAGAUUAGGAUGCUUCAAUUUGUCCGUGAAAGGUCACGCCGAUUGUCUUAGGUAUCUUAGAUCAUUCAAUGUUCCUCUCAUGGUUCUAGGUGGUGGUGGUUAUACAAUCCGCAAUGUGGCUCGGUGCUGGUGUUACGAGACAGCAGUUGCAGUUGGGGUUGAACCUGAUAAUAAGCUGCCUUACAAUGAGUAUUAUGAGUAUUUUGGACCAGAUUACACUCUGCAUGUUGAGCCAAGUCCCCUUGACAACCAAAACACUCCAAAAGACUUGGAGAAAAUUAGGAACAUGCUGCUGGAGCAACUGUCUAGAUUACCUCAUUCUCCUAGUGUGCCAUUUCAGAUAACACCACCUGUCACAGAAGUCCCUGAAGAGGCAGAGGAGCCAAUGGAAAAAAGGCCAAAACCACGCAUAUGGAGUGGCCAGGAAUAUGAUUCUGAUGUUGAUGAAGAAGAAAAACCUCGACAUCAAAGCUGUAAUGCUAAUCAUAAUAUCACAAGGGAUCAUGCAAGAGAUAAUAUAAAGGAAGAAGAUAUGAUGGAUGGGGAUGCUCCUUCAUGAAUCUAUCAUUCCUUUGCGGUUGGACUUUAUUAAUUUUGUGCUACAGAAAACUAUUAAGCAGUUACAUUUAUGAAUUGGAAAACUUAGAAAAGCUGUAACCAAAAUUUGUUUGUAAAUUUCCGGCUUAACUUCCCUUAGAAUGCAUGCAUUGUAACUUUAAACUUGUUUUGGUUUUUGAAGUUCAUGUUUGUUAGUCGGAUCUUGGUUUA